AUGAAGGAUGAAAACGUCGAGGCUAUGCGCAAACUCAUCAUUAAAGAUAGACAUGCGACAUAUCGCGAGAUUGAGGCGUCCUUGAAGAUCUCAAAGACCUCAAUUCAAAAAAUUGUACAUGAAGAAUUAGGAGUAAGAACAUUAGAGCAGAAAGCAGCCAGGGUUAAUUGGUGUCAAAAACGCUUGACCCCAACAAAAGUCAUCCGUUCUCGAAGUGUUUCGAAAAAGAUGGUCGCGAUAUUUGUAUCAAAAGCGGGCCAUAUUGCAACAAUUACUCUUAAUGAGCAAAGAACUGUUACUGCGGAUUGGUAUACCACCAUUUGUUUGCCAAAAGUCAUCAGCGAGCUUCGAAAAAUCAACUCCGAAAGAAGACUCAUCCUCCACCAAGACAAUGCAAGCUCGCACACAGCCCAAAAAACAAGGCAGUAUUUAACGGAAGAAAACGUGGAAUUAUUGGACCAUCCUCCAUAUAGUCCCGAUCUAAGACAUAACGAUUUCUUUACUUUCCCAAAAAUUAAAAACAGACUGCGUGGUCAAAGGUUCCAGUCACCAGAAGAAGUAGUUGACGCAUUCAAAAAUGCCGUUUUGGAUCUGCCAGCAGACGAGUGGCAUAAGUGCUUCGAAAAUUGGUUCGAGCGCAUGCAGAUAUGGGCUAAAGAACAUAGACAAUGGACACCUCAACAAUUGUGUGCAAUACAAUGGAGUGAUGAGGCCCGAUUUGAAGUUUGUAUUGAAGAAUCGCUUUUACCAGUGAUGGCAGAAUGUUUGACAUCCGGCCAAGAUUUUGUGUUUCAGCAAGAUGGUGCAGCGUGCCACACCUCAAAAAAGGCUAUAAAGUGGAUGGAAGAAAAUAAUGUACCACUUUUGAAAUGGGUUUCUAGCAGUCUAGAUCUGUCACCUUUUGAAACUUUGUGGCACGAGAUGAAAAAGACAUAA